AUGUUUACACAAUCUUAUCAAUGGCAACAAACAAAUACACAAUGUGAUCAAACUUUUAUUGGAAAUCAAACACGAAAAAUUCCUAGUGACAUUGGUACACUUGAAUGCGCAACUAAUUUAUCUUCAUGUGAAAAUUAUACAGCAUUAGAUGUGAAUGGAUAUUGUACUGAUUAUAGCAAAAUUAUGGAUACAAGUUCGAGCCAAAUAUCAAAUAUUGAAACUAUUGCAAUGGAUUCGAAAUUUUGUGUAGCUUAUCAAAAUUUAACAUGGCCAGGCAUUAUUUCAUCUGUUUAUGGUUUUGAUCAGUAUCUGGACAAUGCAACAUGGUCACUUGGUUGUUGUGUUGAUUUAACAAUACGAGAUGAUGGUUUUAUUAAUACAGCACCAGUCGCAGCAGUUAUUUCACCUAUUUAUGUACUAUCUAAUACGAUAAGUACUAUUAGUAUUCCUGUUGCAGAUGCCGAUGGUGAUAUUUUACGUUGUCGUUGGGCAAGUAAUGAUUCAAUAUUUGAUGAAUGUGGUGAUAUUUGUGGAGAAAUUCCCGGAAGUAUACUUUAUGAAGAAAAUUGUACACUUGUCUUUGACAGUACAGGAAAAUCUUCCGGAGAUUAUUAUGCUAUAGCAUUGAUGGUUGAAGAUUUUUAUAAUGAUUCAAAUAGUACAGCAUUAAGUAGUAUUUCUAUACAAUUUUUAAUUCAUAUUAUUAAUGAAUCAUCAUGUGAUUUCAAACCAGUCAUUGCUUUAAAUUCAUCAAGAAAUUUAACUUUAGAAGUUGGAACAAACUACUCAUUUACUUUUACAAUCAGCACAAACUGUUCCAAUGUAUCAAUUGUUGAUUAUUUUCGAUCUCCUUUAUUAAAUGUGAUUAAAACUAAUUUAACAUUUGAUUCAAUUGAUGAUCUUUGGACUAUUACUGAAAUAUGGAUGCCAACAGUAGAACAAAUUGGUUUACAGAUUUAUUGUGCUGUAGCAAUUGAUAGUGUUUCAAUUCAAUCAGAUUUUUAUUGUUUAAAAUUUAUUGUAAAUUCAACUUAUGGAGGAGAGGAAGAUGAUGGAUACAGUUUGAUUAGUACUGCCACAACUGAUAAAACAACAACAACUUCUACUGCAACGACAUCGACAUCGACCACUGCAACAACAUCGACAUCGACCACUGCAACUAGUUCAACAAGCACAUCAAGCACAUCGACGACCAGUUCAAGCAGUACAUCAGGUACAUCAACUUCAUCAACAAGUACUUCUACAACGUCGACAACGUCUACCUCAACAACGACAACAGCAACCUCGACUACAACCACUUCCAAAACAACUAUAACGACAACUACAACUCAAGAGCCUGCAACUAUUAUAGUACUCAUUUCAACGAAAGAUAAUUCCGGAUUAUUAGGACUAGGAUUGGGACUUGGUCUACCUCUUGGCUUAGCAUUUAUAGCUUUAACUGCAUAUGGCUUGUAUCGUGGACCAGCUGCACUGCUAGGCUUCAAUUCACAUUAUAAAUUUUUCAAUCGUCCAACCAGUUCAAUCAAUCAAGUCGGUUCGGUUCAAGAAUUUACUGAUACUAUAGAUGAUGAUGCUAGUAUUAAUUCCGGAUAUCAUCAUGAAGAAACUAAUGAAAUUAUAACAAAGAAACAAACCAAUAUCCAAAAUCAAAAUCUUAACAAUUCACAAUCAUUAGCGAUCGAUAGUCAAUCCAACACUCCUUGCCAUACGGAUCCACCAUCAAACAAACAAACAUCAUCAUCAUCAUCAUCAACAAAGGAACUAUUACUUCCAAAAGGAAAUUCUUUCACUACUGUCUCAAUAUCUGAUUUUGAGCUUAAUAAUUUGGAUAAAACACCAUCAUCACCAAUUCAACCUUUACUUCCACCGCCAUUGUCUCCUUCAUCUUCAUUAGUCAAUGAAACUGUUCGACAAACACGAACAGUUCCAUUAAAAGCGAAUUUCACACAAUCAAAUGGUUCUGUUCUUCUCAAUGCUUAUUCUGAUCAAGAAAAAGAUAAAUUCACUACUAUUCAUGAACUCAUUUAA